AUGGGGAUGCUGUUUGGCUGCGUGCUGCAAGAUGAUGGCCAGACCAAUCAAAUUACUGCAUAUACAGGAGAGUCAGUGCUGCUGCCCUGCUACUGCGCUGAGCUGUACACAACAUCUGUGCGAUUCAGCUGGUUAAAACCGAACACAAACAGAGACGUGUGGGAAGAGAUAUCCAGUGAGAGUGGCUGCGUACUGCAAGACGAAUGGCAGACAAAAGACAUUACUGCAUAUACAGGAGAGUCAGUGCUGCUGCCCUGCUACUGUGCUGAGCUGUACACCACACCUGUGAGAUUCAGCUGGUCAAAAGGCAACAUAAACACACAGGAAGAGAUAUCCAGUGAGAGUGGUCAGUACAGAAACAGAGUUCAGCUGGUUAAUGGUCACUCUCCAGCAAAUCUCUCUCUACUCAUAUCAAACCUGACUGAAGAGGAUGGAGGAAGUUACCAGUGUAAUGCUGAAGAACAUGAAUAUGUCUACAUCAUACUCACAGUUAAAGGCUGCACUCUGGAAAACAGUGGGACAACAAUUGCAGCACAUAUAGGAGAUUCAGUACUGCUGCCCUGCUACUGCAUUUACCUACGUGCCAAACCUGAGAGAUUCACCUGGCUGAAAUAUAACCAGUCCACUACAAACUGGGACAGGAUAACCUUUGAGAGUAGUCAGUACAGAAACAGAGUCCAGCUGGUUAAUGGUCACUCUCCAGGAAAUCUCUCUCUACUCAUAUCACACCUGACUGAAGAGGAUGGAGGAGAUUACAAGUGCAAUGCUAUGAAAAGUGGAUUGAUAAACAUCAGAGUCACUGUUAAAGCUACUUCAGUGCCAGAUCCUGCUACAGCUUACUACAGCACCGCUGAUGGAGAUGGAUCAGUGAGUCUGCAGUGGAGAAGAAGAACAAUAGAGCAGCUACUGACAACACAUAUGAUCAAUAGACCGCCCACUGACCUCUACAUCUGA